GAAACCAUGAAGAAUCUUCAAGUUUUGCAAGAAGAUACCAUGUUGCCUCAGAAGAGGGGACGAAUACCUCCCAGAAGAGCCACGAACUGUUAUUGGAAAGUCCUGGCAGUUUUCAUACUAUUUCUUCCAAGUGCAUCAUCUCUUCAGCCAACUCAGCCCAGAGUACUGCUAGUAUCUUUUGAUGGAUUCCGAUGGGAUUACAUCUAUAAAGUCUCAACUCCCAAUUUUCAUUAUGCCAUGAAGAAUGGAGUUCAUGUCAAACAGGUCACUAAUGUUUUUAUAACAAAAACAUAUCCUAACCAUUAUACAAUGGUGACUGGGCUCUAUGCAGAAAGCCACGGACUAGUUGCUAAUGAGAUGUAUGAUCCUAUUCUGAAUGAAACUUUCUCACUGAACAAAAUGAACAUCCAUAACUCCAAGUUCUGGGAAGAGGCCAGUCCAAUAUGGGUAACAAACCAAAGAGCAGGACAUAAAACUGGAGCAGCAAUGUGGCCUGGAACAGAUGUGAAAAUACAUGGAAUCUUUCCUACAUAUUAUAUGCCCUAUAAUGAAUCUGUUUCCUUUGAAGACAGAGUUGCUAGGCUUAUUGACUGGUUUACAUCAGAAGAAUCCAUAAACCUUGGUCUCCUAUACUGGGAACAGCCUGAUGAGAUGGGCCACCUUCUGGGCCCAGAAAACCCACUUAUGAAAGCGGUAAUUAGCGAUGUUGACAAAAAGCUGGGCUAUCUGAUGUCUGAACUGAACAAAACAAAGCUGUGGGAUGUGAUGAAUGUCAUAAUCACAAGUGAUCACGGAAUGUCACAGUCCUCCUUGAAUAGGCUCAUUGAGCUUGAUCAGUAUGUGAAUAGAGAGCUCUAUGAAGUCAUUGACCAUUCUCCUGUGGUAGCCAUUUUGCCAAAAGAAGGCAAACUGGAUGAAGUCUAUGAAGCUUUGGCCAAUGCUCAUCCCAACAUGGCUGUAUAUAAAAAGGAGCAGAUUCCUGAUAGAUUCCAUUACAAGCACAACAGUAGAAUCCAGCCAAUCUUAGCAGUGGCUGAUAAAGGAUGGGAAAUUGUAUACAAUAAGUCUGACAGUUUCCAAUUGGGUAAUCAUGGAUAUGACAACACCAUACCAGAAAUGCAUCCCAUUUUCUUGGCAUUUGGGCCUGCUUUCAGAAAGAAUGCCACUAAGGAAGCCAUGAACUCUACAGACUUGUACCCCUUACUGUGCUAUCUACUUGGUAUUAACCCACUACCAAACAAUGGUUCAUUCAACGCUGUGAAAGACAUACUAGCUGAAGAAGUUCCUGGUGCCUUUGGAGCAGACAGCUAUGCUACUGCUGUGGGAGUCUUUCUGGGCAUCUCUCUUGUUGUAGUUUUUAUUUUAGUUUUUAUAAAGCAUAUUAUCCUCACCCAAACACCUGCCAUGCAAAUGCGACAUAGUGAAGCUGCCCAGCCGCUGCUUCAAGGUUAACAACACUUAGUCCUGUUUCCUGUUUCAUGCUUAACAUAAGCUUAUAAAAAACAAAGAGGUGGAUCAGCAUAAAUAUGUGGAGUACUAGUAAAGCAGAUGUUGAACUGUUGGUACACUGGAGUUCUUACAUGCAAGGUAUGUGGAGAAAGAGCAUGCUUUUGUUCCACCCUACAAUCACUUAAUCUUUCAGAGAUUAAAAAUAUUAUAGAUGUAGACAUGUAGUGACAAUAGACCUAGGAUACCUCAUUCUGAGCUACUUUUAGGGGAAAUAACAUCAUCUGAGGUGCACUUCACAGACUAUGACAUGGUGAUGUAAUUUCCUACUUUGUUGUUAUUGUUAUGAGAGGUUUUUUGUCUCUUGGGUUCUAACAUGCCACUGAAGGAAUUAAGCUUCUCUGGGCUUUUUUCUUUCCUGAUCAAGGAAGCUUUUCAUGGAUCACCAUUACAGAGAGCUUGGUGGAUUAAAUCCUGCAGAAACCAACAUUAUUAUUAAGCUAAGUCAUGUACUGCUAAGUGUCUAAACUGAGGGAUAGGCCUAUUUCCUUAAACUACUGUGUUGAAUGUAGCUCCAAAACAUGAUUUGAGGUGCUGUUGCCUUUAGCAAUCAUUAUCAAAUCAAUUGAUAUAUUUUUAUUACUUUAUUGAGGUAAAUACAGGUCUUUACUUUUGCUGGUGUUUCCUGUGCACUGGACUGAAUUUUCUAGGAAUUCCACGUGACUGGCAGUUUAAAGACAUAUAAGCACAACAUCUGUAUAUCCAAAUUGAGUCUUUCAUAUUUCCCUGAUCAGAAGGUUCUUUCAGAAUAUGCCAGCUGA